CAUGCCAAUUCGACUGUUUCCGUCCAUAUAUCUCUUAAUAUACCGGCUUUCUACGUUGCUUGACGUGAAACGAGACGAUGGGAGGGAUUUCCGAAGGUUUUUUGAGGGUUUUGGCCAGACCUACGAUGACAUCAGGUUUGCGUCAACACGUGAUCGACCCACGUGCAGUGCUAUGGAAACAUUUCUUGGUGACAAGACGUUUCGAGAGGUCGUCAACUUGUUGCGAGAUUUGCAACGAAAUGACUGUGUUGAGGUCAUCCACGAAGCCAUUUUUAGUCAAUUGAAAAGAAAAGCUGCGGCGUCGUCACCGGACCAAGCCGGAACAAAUUUUUAUUUUAAUGCUGAAGAUGAUGAAAUAAACAAGAGAAAGGCUAGGCGAAGAAAAACAAAAAAGAGUCUAGAAUCACAUGAAAAAGACACGAAAGGAGAGAAAAAUGCACCAAGAAAAGUUAAAUCAACAUCUGGUAAAGGAGGUAUCGAUAAUAUUCUUGGAUAUUCUUCAAGCAUGCUGCAACGACCAGCAGUGCCAAAAUCUGUGGAAACUCUAGGCAGCAGAAGACAGUCUUCCAGUGUGCCAUGUAUAAUUUAUCAACAUCUAAAGAUGGUUGUAGCAGAUAUCACAUCAUUCAUCAGACAACAUAUCUUCCAAGAUCGCAUUGAUACCGGCAUGAAGAGCUCUAUUUUGCACGUCAUCACAGCGGCUAACAGAAUUGUCGCUCUGUUUUUACUGGCUAACGAUUUCAUAAUCAUCCUCAACUCUACCCUGACUUUAUGGAGUUCUCUUCAUGCAUUCUCUGUGUUGGAGCAUCUGUCUGUGGGUAUGUCCGUUAUAGGGGACUGGGUGAUGAUGCCCAUGGUACGUAAGUUGUGGGAAAUAGUUGUGGAGCUACGGAAACGGGAAAUGCUUGGCGAACGGCAGAAAGAGAAGAAAGCUGAGAUUAAAGCAAAACAUUACACUCCCUAUGUUAUGCGGCGGAUCAACUAUAUUGAGGAGCAAUGCAGAAAAGAUAUACAAAAAUUAUCAGCGAAAGAAAAGACUGAAAUGGAAUAUAUCAGAAAGACUUUUCUAUUUAUCCUUCCGUUUGAAAUAACUCUUAUUUGUAUUGGUAUUUAUCAGCUAUAUUCAAGCACACAUAGUUUAUUGGACUCUCCAUUGUCAGUGCUUAAUCUGUGUAUAGCUCUUUUAAUAUUAGAUAUAGCGGUCCGAUCCACUUUGAUUAGUUUACAUUAUAUUAUAGUUGAUUCAACGAAUCGAUUUAAAAUUGAUGACGACUACCUCAUUCCGCGGGUAGAAGCGUUAGAGCAAUAUAUGAAGGUGGCGUUCCUAGAGAGACAACAGCUUAAGAAAACGACCGUUUCCCCGUUUUCAGGCAAAUCUAGGUCAAUUACGAGAGCUUUUUCAGUGAACCAGAUGGGUGGAAUUAACAAAGCGUGUCAAGCUGACGAGUUCAAUGCUCCCAUAGUGUCACGUAUGAAUUCAUCUAUAUAG